UCAAGGUAAACCCGGAAUUAUUUUGCUGAAGGACAGCAAUCUCCAAGCGUGGUUUUUGGGAGAUUACGUUUUAGUCAGAUUUAUGUUUUUAACGCUUUCCAUUCGGACAUGGCUUGGCGAACAUAUGGAGCAUUUGUUUUUGGUCAGAGAACAUCAACGACAAAGAAAAUGUUGAGGAACAUGGGUUCAGCGGUUCAGCCUCAGGAGGAUUUUCUUAAAGGAGAACUUCACCGAAAGCACCCGGGCUUGACCAACCUGAAGACUCUACGUCUCCCUGCAAACCUGCAGACGGCUGCUCAGUCAAUUAUUCACAGAGCUCAAAUCUCUCAGCUUCCUGGUCGCGCUCAGAAACUCACAAACUUCCUUUGGAGCCGAAAGCGAGCAGUUGAGGACUUGACACUGAGGCAAAAAGCUUUGGGCCUGGAGAAGGAGCUCUGGGAGAAAGCCAUGCAGAAGACUGGAGAUCUUGAUGAGAAAGCGCUGGAAGACAACAUCAGGAGGAGGAUUUUUUCAGAGCUCAGGAAAAAGACUUAUCACUGGACUCCUCUGAAGUAUGAUGAGGAGAUGGGCGUGGUUUACAUGGCGAGUCGGCUAGCUGGAGGCUAUGCAGCCGUCAGGAGGGUUCUGAAUGAGAUAAAGAAGAGAGAUCCUUCGUUUAGUCCCCAGUCACUCCUGGAUUUUGGUUCCGGCUUGGGAACAGUAGCCUGGGCGUCCCACUCUUUGUGGGGGGACUCUUUGAAGGAAAUGGUGUGUGUGGACAGUUCGGGGCCGAUGAACACUUUGGCAGAGCGGCUUCUCAAAGGUGAUGAUGAGACAGCAGAACCGAGCAUCAAACACGUCUAUUUCAGGCAGUUUCUUCCCGUCUCGCCAAAGGUGCAGUUCGACUUGGUGGUGGCAGCGUUUACCCUGUCGGAGCUUCCCACCGUCAAAGACCGAGAAGAAGCUUUGUUCACUCUGUGGAGGAAGACUAGCUCAUACCUGGUGUUGGUUGAAAACGGCACCAAAGAGGGCCAUCAGAUGCUCAUGGAGGCCAGAGAGGCUCUACUGAAGAAGCAAGAGAAAACUGUCCACGACCCACGGCCAUCGUCGGUGUUCGCUCCGUGUCCUCAUGCCAUGACGUGUCCCAAACUGGCCCGGGAGCCCAAGACGCCCUGCAACUUCCAGCAGCAGUACCAUCCUCUGCCCCUGGCAGGGCACAAGGACAGCCAGACGGAGAACUUGAGUUAUUUAAUUUUGUGUCGAGAAGACCCGGUGGAGGAGAAGUCUGGAGCUGUGAUGUGGUCCAGGCUGAUCGGACCGGUGCUCCGCAGAAGCCGACACGUUCAUUGCCGCAUAUGCUGCCCGGAUGGAGAGCUGAAACACAUGGUGGUGACGGCGAGAAAACACAGCAGAGACGUGUACCGCUGCGCUCGCAACAGCGAGUGGGGGGAUCUGCUGCCGGUGGUUCAAAACCUGGAGGAGGAUGAAGGAGAAGCCAGUCCAUAAGACCACAUUCAGCCACAUAUCAACUUCUGGUGGAAAACACAAUCUUUUUAUUGUUGUUGUUGAGAAACUGUAAAAUAUUUAUAAGAAAUAAAAUCCCAAUAAAAGUCCUACUGUCUUUA